CAAUGUUGUGAAAUUGUUAAUCGAAAUCGCUAACUGUUGAAAUUGUUGUUAAAUAAAAUAUUUAAGCCGCUGUAAGUCACAAUUUAGUUGAGAAGAAGACUUUGUUAAUAAUACAACCAUGACCGAGAAAGCUGUUGAAAACUCAACAUCUGGUGGAACUGAUUACGACCUGGAGUCAGAAAUCGACAACCACCUAAGAAAGAUAUUCUAUAUAAAACCAAACGGAGUGCCCCCUAAUUCCAAGCCAUUCGUAGUGGAAUUUUUUGGAGUUCUCAGCCUAACCGAUAUGCGAGCUCCGGAUCGGAAACUUUGGGUCAUAUAUCAUUGCAAGCAACCGGAUCUGGACAAAACCGUUGACGAAAUACACGAAAAAUAUGGGAAGAAGAACAUGUACGAUCUGUUCCGGAAACCAGUGUUUAGUGGUCUAGCGCUAAGGGCUAGCGUUAAGAAGCAUUUCGCCAACCUAAAGUGGUAUACCAAAGGCAAUGUCCUCGAGGCUCCACCAAAGAGUCAUUUUAAUGACGAGCGUGUAGUAAAAGCCAUAAACGAUCUCCACCACCUCGAGCAGCAACGUCUCUAUAACUACGUCAUGGUGAAGAAUAAUUGGUUCAAGCGAUAUUCAUAGACUGGAUCAACGAAACCCUGUGAUUUAGAUAUAAAUGAAUCGUUUAAAGGUGCCUUCUAGAGUUAAAUGUUGUUAGUUUAAAUAAGACAAAAUAUAAUAAAU